AUUAUAACUUGAUACUCUUUCACACCUUAUACUUUGGUUAUACAUGAGUGAAUUAUACUUUGAUUAAAAUAUUCCAUAAUAGAUGUGGGUGAAAAUAUGGCCUUAUUAGGGUUUUCUUCAGAAGAGUUUGUUUUUGGGGUGGAAAAGAAUAUUUAUGAACAUGUUUAUAGUUUUGUAGAAAUUAACAAAAAUACACACUAUUGUUCCAAUGUUUGGCAUAAUUGUUUCAGAUAUAUCUAUAAAAUGAUUGAAAUAUGAUUCUAGUGUUAAAGACUUAGGUUUCCUAACAUUUUUUUUUAUAUAAAAAGCGGUGGGUGAAGCACAGACACACAGCAGGCCGUUGUAAUGUUGCAAAAAACUGAGGUUUUCUUUAUUUAUGGCAUGCUGGGGGUGUGCGUGAGUGCGAUUGUGUACGUGCGUGUUCUCGUGUGCUUGCGAGUGGGCGUGGCUUGUAUGGUGCGGGAUCAGUGGGCUGCGGUAUUGCCGGAGAUGUGCCGGUGCUUUCUGGAAAAACGGGGACUCUUCUGGGCGGUCAGGCAACGCCGUGUGUUUAGCUGGGGAGCGGAGGCUUCGCUCGAGUCUUUGAAUCUUCUGAAAGAAAGAGACAAACACACCCUCUCUCUCUCUCUCUCACACACACACACACACACACUUCCCAUUAGUCAACACGUAAUGUCACCAAUGCUACGAGCUGGCAGGAAGCCAUGCCCACAUGUCACAUAAGCGGAUUCUCCCCUGUCCAGUGGAAGAGCGGCCCUUUUAUACUCUCCCCUCAUCCGCUGAAUGGUGGAAUUCUCCCGUGUGGCGCACCAGUCAUCGGUCGGGGGUAUGUCGGCGGCUCCGCCCCACCGCCAUAUGCUUCCUGGCUGUCCACAACAUUGAAGUGGGGCCGUCUCUUCAGCGCUUCGUGGGGCCGUCUCUUCAUGCUCCAUGUUCCGCUGAAGACGUCGUUUUCUUUGCUACGCACCGUAUGUCGCUCCCCCUUCCUGCUCCACAGAGGACAUCGUUCCCCCCCUCAUGCUCCGUGGAGAGCAUUGUUCCUCCCUUUGGCCUCGCAGAGAACCUCGCUCCCCUGUCCUGCGGAGGAAGUUGUCCCACUGUCCCACCACGGAGACAGUCUCCCACUGUCCUGCCACGGAGACGUCGCUCUGUGCUCCAGCCCCGCUGAGGACGUCGGUCUGUGCUCCAGCCCCGCUGAGGACGUCGCUCUGCGCUCCAGCCCCGCUGAGGACGUUGCUUAGUCUCCUAGUUCUGCUGGGGACAUUUUGCCCAUAUUACAGUAUUAUGUACCACUGCUCAGAUUGUGGGAAGAGUUUUAGUAAAAGUCAUCAUCUCAAAGAUCACAAGCGGAUCCACACAGGAGAGAAGCCAUAUUACUGCUCCCACUGUGGAAAUAGUUUUACUUGUCUGAGUACUCUCCAAAAGCACAUGCACAUCCACACAGGAGAGAAGCCGUAUCACUGUGGACAGUGUGAGAAGAGUUUUACACGUCAAAGUCAUCUCCAGCAGCACGAGCUCAUUCACAUGGGUGUAAAGCCGCAUUGUGUGGACAGUUUGAGAUGAGUUUUAUUCGAGCCAUCUCAAACCACACCUGUACAUUCACACAGGAGAGAAGCCGUAUCACUGUGGACAGUGUGGGAAGAUCUUCGGACACACCAGCGCAUACACACAGGAGCGAGGCCAUACCAAUGCUCGCAGUGCAGGACAUGUUUUCUUAAUCAGAGUGCCCUCUACAGCCACGAGCAGAGUCAUAGAAACCGUACCUCUGCGGACAAUGUGGAUGGAGCUAUACUUAUUCAAGUUCAUUAAGGAAACACAAGUGCUCUAACAUAAAGCCAUCAGAUCUUGAUAUGUGAAUUUGUCAAAUGCUCCAUCUUUGCAGUGUCCAUUUAACUACAGCAAACUACACUGUAUGGCCAAAAGUAUGGGGAUACCUGACCACCACACCCAUGUCUUUUGAAGAUCCUCUGAUGGAACUGCAUCCAAUCAAUGGUCCCUUGAACCCAAUGUUUCUGAUAUAGUUUUCAGAUUUACUGCAACCCUGACCAGGAUAACAGUUACACUGUAAGAUCAAUGAAUGGAUUUUUGUUGUGUAUAUAUGUUUCUUUAAGAAGUAAGCUGAUGUUUGUAUGACCUGCAAGUCUUAGAAUUUUAUGCAGGAUCACUAUCACAGUCAUGGACGGAGUGAAUGGAGCAUUGAGAGAGUACAUUACCAGGG